AUGGCAGGCUUCGGUUGGUCCGCUGGGGAUUUAGUGGCCGCAAUUUCAGUGGUUACGAAAGUAUGCAAAGCACUCAAAGAUGCCGGCGGAGCAAAAGAAGAUUAUCGCGAGAGCGUUUCGUUUCUAGAAAGCUUGAGUGUUACUUUAGGAUUGCUACACAAGUACUAUGAAGCCAACCUUAAUCAGAAUGAUCUUUCCGACCUCAAAUCCCAAAUCCUACUGAUACAGGACCCGGUCGAUGCAUUCACGAAGAAUGUGAAGCUCAAAUAUGGGCCUGAACUGGGCACACAACCAGGAAUUGGCUACCGGGCGGUGGUGAAAGGGGUCCCCAAAAAGAUCAAAUGGGCAUUAUGGAUGCACAAGGAAUCUGAGAGACUCAACAGCAGGAUUUCAACUCCCUUGGCUGCUAUCCAAAUGCGUCUAAGCAUUCAAAUCACUUCCAUAGUAUCCACUAUUCCUGGAGAUGUUUCCAACAAGAUCGAGGGUGUCAUGAGAACCGCAAUUCCAGCACUGAUUGAGCAGUCGCUAGCUCCACUCAAGGAAUUCGCAGAAAAGAAUCGAAUAGACCAGCUCACCUCCAACAACAUCAUACAACAAAAAUUGGACAUAUUACCUAAGAUUUUGGCUAGCAGGCUCGAGCCAGGGAUGGAUACACUCUAUCACCGGGAAGAGAAUUUGACUCGAGGUGGAAUGAAUGCGCUUGCAAGCAGAAAGCGGACCAUUGUUAGUGACAAUGCACUGCUGAGUAUAGUUGAAGCAGCAGCUAGUGGAUUAAUUGAAUCACACUCUACGAGCUAUAUAGCAGAGGAUGCUGGAAACAAUUCAUGGAGAGAAGCUGGCGACCAUUUUCAAGAAUUCAUUCGUCUACUUCUUCAAGGAUUCUAUAAACUCUUUAUUCGAUUGUGGCCACUUUUUGCAUCUUUUCUUAUCCAGCUGAAGCACAUAUGGCCAUUGGGAGUGCUCUCGAGAGCCGAUGCCCAAAGUGUGCCUGGCCGGUAA